AUGUGCGCUGGCACUCAAGAGAAGCUCCAUCAAUGACAUCAUUCAUGUAGGGUGAGGGUGAGGCUGGCCGAGCGAGCAGAGAAGAGGUGGCACGAGGAAUGCUUUUGGGCUUUUUUGUAACACACAAGAUUGGACGUUUGUGAUACCGGAAUAUUUUCGUGCAGGUCUCUCAGGCAGGUUUCCUCAUAAUGAAGCUCUCUCUUGGACUGUUUCUAUUGGUCUGUUGUAUGACUCUCAGUUUAGGCAAUAAGCAUUAUGGAAUGCGAUUCUCCUCUGCAGGCUCGUCUCUGCGAUGCUAUAAGUGUGAGGAUUACGCUGGAGGACGAUGCUCCGUUCAGCAGCCCUGCUCUUAUGAGGACGCCUGUUUACACCUGCAUGAGAAAGGUGGGAAGACCAUUCGCCGGUGCAUUCGAUACACUGACUGCGAUAACUCUCGCCUGUCUCAACAGUUUCCAUCCAUAUCAGAGUAUACGUACAGAUGCUGUAACACAGACCUGUGUAACGGCGGCCCACUGACAACUGCAGGCUCACUCUUUCUCUCUCUGCUGGCCGUGUUCACAGGCCUCUUUCACUGCAUGAUUUGCUAAAUGGAUGCAGUUUAUUACCCUUUAUAUUUACUGUAAAUGAUUAUGUUGUGUUUGUAUGAACUAACAGCUUUUAUAUCUAAUUGCGCUGUUUUGUUUUUGUAAUUCUAAUACCAUUGUUUUCUGACUUUUAUUUUAAUUUGACUGAUAUUUUAAAUGAAUGUAGCAAACUUUUAUUAUAUGAACUUUGUAUGUGGAACCUUUACAUCAGUAAAUAUAACCAAUUAAAAAAUAAAUCUUAA